GAUGUAUGCGUAGCAAAGAUAGAAGUAAGGAAACUGGAUUUGAGUUGAACACUGGCAUGGCAUUUAUGCAGGCAAUACCAGUGCAGAGGAUGACUGGACAGAAGGCACUGGGCAGUUGUCCUUAGGGGGUCUCUUUGUGGAACAAGAUGCAAAGUAGUCAUCCAGCUGUACAAAAGCCACAGAUUACAGCUCUGGUGUUGACAGAUUACAGCGACUGUAGGGCAGCUACAACAUCAACAAAUCUGUGAUGCAGAAUUGGAAUGUUUGCUGAACGUUUCCUUUGAUGAGAGGACAGGGGUGGAAAUGCUGCCAUAUCAAACCUACAUGUGCAUGUGUAAUGCAUGUAGGUUAUGACAACAAUAUAUCUCAACUAGCCAAACUUUGACGAUUUUGUGACAGUUCAGAGUCAUGCCAAAGGGGAAGAUGAUGCGUAAAUUCAUUGUGACAAAGCCUCCUGACAGGGAGGCGGCAAAAGAGGAUGAUGCGGAAGUUGGAGUGGCCUAUGAGGAACCCCUGAAGAGAAGAUAUGCCACAAGGAUUCUGUUCAUUUUACUUCUGGCCUCUGGAGCUGUUCUGAUAAGUUGUGGUGUGACAUUACUGGUGACAUGUCGGGCAAAAGUUACCAAGGAAACCUGCAGAAUUGUUCUUAAUGACGAACAGUGCUCGUACCUUGCAGUGUCCGCCUAUUUCGGAUGUGUUCUUAUUCUGGCCACUGUUUUCGGUUUCGGCUGCGUCGGACGCAAAGCCAUGGCUGUGAUGUUGUUGCCACUAUUACUAGGAGAACUUGUAUUUGGAAUUUACGUCCUCUUGAUUGAAAAACCUUCCAUAGACUCUGCCGUGUUGACGGAUUUGUCUUCCAGAAAAUCACAGUGUUUCGGUUUUAGUGGUAACAGGACCACUCAUCAUCAUGAUUCAACAACACCUUUUGCCGACCCGUUUCAAUGCUGGCAGCAGCGAACAAUGAAGUUAGCAUCUUGCAAAGAUCUGUGGUUGAGUCUAGGAAUUGAAUGCCAUGCUCAAGAGAGAAAUCAGACAGGUGUUCAUACACAGCUUUCUGCUUCGGAUAAUGAUGCUUUGUUAAGAAACUGUUCUGCCGAGGUCGCUAAGAAAGUUUCUGGUAUUGUGUGGAGCAAAAGGCUCACUGUUGGACCUAUUUUAAUCGUCAUAUCGCAGGUUCAUUUAGUGUCUGCAAUUUGCCUGUGGUUCCUCAGAAAGACAACUAGUGGGAGCCGUGGCCUUGGUCUUAUUCCACUUCCUAAUCUGCCUAGACGCUUUUCAAGGAAACGUUCAAGGUCAAAGGCAAACGCCCAGUGCGGAACCAGCGACCAAAGUCACCAGUCCCUGAUCCUACAGCCAGAUGACACACUGGGUAAUAUGCAAAAAUAUGUCUUCAAAAAACUUCGUCGACAGAAGAACACCUAUGCAACAGUUUGACUGAGAGCCUUGCUGAAGCGUGAAAGAAAAAUGUAUGUCUAUUUUGUGUAAAUAACUUGGCAAUCAGAAGUGCCUGCAAUUCUCGGGACUUGUACUGCAGUAAAAUUACAUGUAGCCUCUCUGAUGGUUGCAUCAUUGCAUACCGAGAAUUGUUGUGUUCUGAAUAUCUGUGUUAAAUGACAGAUAGAAUACUUGUGUGUGCAAAUGGUGAAAGUACUUGAGCAUUUACUGAUUUCUUGUCAAACUUCCUGGUAGCAUUUUUAUUCUCGUCUUUUUGCAAAAUCACUUUUACAACCUGUAGGUUUCAACAGGCUAUUUAGGAUCUCAUGCCAGUUUGUAUAAUGACAUUUUUUCAUGCAAAAAUGACUAUCACUGCUCUAGGAAAAUAACUUGCACUUGUACAGGAUAGCAAGUCCUGCAAAGAUAUAUACAUGUAUGCAUUUGGAACAGCUAAAAAUGCCAGGUAGGAUAACUCGUUAUUGUGUCAUUAAAACUUAACAAACGUGAUUGAAUUUAUGGAUUCAUUGAUAAGCUGAUGUCUGAUGUACUGAUAUGGAGGUCACUAUGAAAUUAUGGGCAUCGGUACCUCAUGAAGUGCCUAGACUGACACCAUCUUUGAUGUUUUCUUGUGCUUCCAGCUUUGUUUUGAGGUGCCUUUCUUAAUAAUGCCUUUGUCCUCAUAACUCAUCAAAUAUGUGCUUGUUUAUUAAAGAUGCUGUACAUGUUCUCACAUUUAUGUAUGUUAUUUUCUCCAUUUUUUUUCAACAGAAAAUGGAAGCUUUUUAUUUAUUUUUGUGAUAUCAUGUUGGCGUGGACAUGAAAAUGCAUUUUCUAAGGAUCUUAACUUUGGUAUUUUUUGAAUAUACUGAAAUACAUGCACUAUGUGAAGAUUGUGUGGAUUUUAUAUCUUUUUCUUUUGUUUUUUUAUGUGAAGACUGGAUUUUUUUUAUCUUUUCUUUUUGUUUUUUUAAUUUUUAGGAAGGUAAGAUUUAAGGCAAGCUUGCUGUUACAUGUAUAUUAGUAUGACAGGCCAGAUAUAA